UUCCUCCCUUUCAGCUUAAAUAGGGACAGAAACGCAGCAGGUGUCAGAUCAUCACCUGGGAGCCUGUUGGAAACGUCAGACGUAGAGCACCAACGGGUCAUACCUGAGGAUAAAACCAUCACCUGACUUUCAAAGGAACUAUUUUUGCUCACAAAUUCAAUUCGGCCUUCGCCUGCACUUACCACAAGAAGAUCUACAGACAUGAAUAACCAACUGCUCCUCGGUGUCCUCUUGGUGACACUGUCCUGGGGGUUUAUGGGCGCCUCUGCUCAGUCCUCCUCAAACACUACAUCCAACAUGACGGCAUCAACCACCACAUCUGGACCAAAUACCACAGUGAGCUUGUCAGCCAACACGUCAACGGUGGCAUCAGCCAGUUCAUCAAAUUCCAGCAAUGCAACGACUCCAUCCACGGCUGGGACAUCUAAUGCCGCAACCAGCAACGCAGCAGCCAGCAAUGCAACAAACAGCAACACAACAGCCAGCAAUGCAUCAGCCAGCAACACAACAGCCAGCAACUCAUCAGCCAGCAACACAACAGCCAGCAACUCAACAGCCAGCAACACAACAGCCAGCAACUCAACGACCACCAACACAACUGCUUCGGCAACAACUUCGUUUUCAGUGGCAACUCUUCUGACACCUAUUUCCAGGACAAACUGUGGCUCCACAAAGCUGUGUGCAGCUGAACCCUCAUCCUGUGACCCGUCUACAGGAAACGGGUGCUAUUUCAUUUCCGCCCAGCAGCAGAGCGGUCAGUUAUAUAACUUUGAGGUCUCGGGACAGACAGAUGGCUACAUUGCGGCUGGAGUGUCAACAGCCUCAAGUCAGAAUGGGACUAACCAAGCCUACAUCUGUGUGAACAACAACAGCACUGUGAACUUCUUCACUGGCACCAUCACCAACCUCCUGCUGACUAUGACACAGCUGAACGCAAGCAACGUGAAGGGGUCAGUCAGCUCAAAUAAAAUCCAGUGCACGUUUGCGGCCACGCUACCAGAUACAACCACUCGAGCAGCAGCCUACUCUUUGUCAGUUUCAACUGGAACUUACAACUCCAGUACUGGAGCAUUAGGAUCACCAAGCUUCAAAAUAUUUACCAACCAGGUAAACCUGUCGGAUCCUACUGCCAAUGUCACCAAUCAGAUCAACGGCGCUUAUCCAGUCACAUACCAGCAGCCACUGAUUCCAGCUCUGCUGGUCACCGUCAUCAUGAUGACUUUCAGCGCGCUGUAAACUGGUUCCUGUCGAGGUUUAAAGAAAAAACAAAAUCAUGACUUUUCUGUCAAUGCCCUGCUGCAACUGAAUAUAAAUGUUUAAGCUUUCAUGCUCUGCACACAAGGUUCCAGAUUAGUUACAUUCAUAUUUUGCUGACUCCCCACAGUGAAAGCUGAAGGACUGUGUUGAUUUUUUUUCUUCUUUUUAGUACAUUUUAUAAUUCACAAUUCUAAAAGUUAAAAGAAAAUAGAAUCCAGGGUUUAAAUUUGAUGUACGUAUAUAAAUUGUUUAACCACAGAACUGCUGGAUUUCUGUUCUGUGACCUCCCACUCUCAACCACUAACACACACAGACAUUAGGCAAUCUUUGAACUGUGUCAUGAUGGAGUAUAAACCAUUAUCAGAGAUGGAAAAACAAGUUGUAGUUUUCUCCAGAAUAUAUUACAGUUGAUACAAGUUUUGGGUUUCAAGGUCUGGUUACCUUUUAGGCCUUUCAUAUUAGUUGUAUGCAACAACAACAAAAAUCACAAAAGUUAGAUUUUUCAAACUAAAGUAAAGUUUUAAUUUUUCGUUAAGUUGAUUAUUUGCGAUCUUGUGUGAGUUACAGCUUUUUUACAAGUAUAUAUGUUUUCUCACAUGCAAGAGAUUAAAUAUCUUUUUUCGUAAUUAUUGCUAAUUAUGUCCUACAU